UGGGACUGCUACUGUUGUGCUGUUGCCUCGUUUACAUCUAAUGCGUUUCAUUUCCUCUCUCUUUGUAGCUAGUUAAUUGCGAUUCGAACUUCUACCCAAUCAGGUUGGAUUUUUCGGUUCUACGUCUGUUUUGUGGAGUUGGAUGGCGUAAUUUGUUGUUCGAGGAGCUGCUGGAGUCAAAUGCGAGCUGAGGUUUUGGGUCUAAGAUCUGCCGGCGGUGAACUGUCGAUCACGUUUGGUUCUAUGGCGCCCAGCAUUGGGAAGUUGGACAAGAAAGUUCCUAUUCAACACGUAGGUGUUGGUACUGAAUUUUGCAACUGAUGAGUGACUGUAUGGGUUAAGAGUGGUUAAGAGAUGGUGUUGCAUUUCAAGAAUUAUGAACAUGGAGGAUACACAAGGUAAUACUGGACCCACACAGCAGAGGUCUCCUGCAUGGUGGCCUUCUGAUUUUGCUGACUCAUUUGGAUCUAUAUCUUUAGACUCUAAGGAUGAGACUCCCAGUAAUGAGGAAUUUAAAGACAAAGAGCACUAUGAUAGAUCAAUUUCCAGAAGAGCAUCACAGACCUUAUGGACCACUGGAGUUCUUUCUGAACCAAUUCCAAAUGGUUUCUACUCUGUUGUACCUGAUAAAAAGAUUAAGGAACGUUUUCAAGAUAUACCUACUCUGGAGGAGCUUCAUGCUUUGGAACUUGAGGGUUUGAGAGCAGAUGUUAUUCUUGUAGAUGCUGAAAGAGACAGAAAGCUCUGUAAGCUGAAACAGUUCAUUGUAGCUGUGGUUAAAGGUUUGAACACAAAUGUUGCAGCUGUAAUAAAAAAGAUUGCUGGAUUGGUAUCUGAUUUUUACAAGAGACCCAAUGCAGAACUAAGUCCCAAUAAAGCUUCUCAGGAGGAAACCUCACACUUUUCUGAGAAUCGAGGUGUGCAGAUGCUGGGACAUAUAAAACAUGGUUCUUGCAGACCUCGGGCAAUAUUGUUUAAAGUUCUUGCAGAUGCGGUAGGACUUGAAAGUAGACUCAUGGUGGGUUUACCGACUGACGGAGCUGCUGAGUGUGGUGACUCUGACAAACAUAUGUCUGUCAUAGUUGUGUUGAAUUCUGUAGAAAUGUUGGUUGAUUUAAUGCGGUUUCCUGGCCAAUUGAUACCUCGAUCUACCAAGGCGAUUUUUAUGACUCAUAUAUCAGCUGCUGGGGAGAGUGAUUCUGCUGAAAAUGAUUCUUGUGAUUCACCCAUGGAACCAAACAGCCCCCUUUAUGGGGUUUCUGAGAGAGUUGAUUCUGAGAGUGCCUGCAGUGGUGACAAAGAAGAAGGUCUGCUGUUUCAGCGAAGGCUAGAGUCCUAUUCAAAUGCAGCAGGCCCUUCAUUAAGGAGUAUGAUGCUGCGUUCAAAUUCUGUAGAUAGGAAUCUCAGCUUGUCACACAGUGAACCUAAUAUUGCUGCUACAUUUUGGCAAAGGAGCAGGAGAAAGGUCAUUUCAGAACAAAGGACUGCAAGCUCAAGCCCUGAACAUCCUUCACUUCGAGCACAUGGCCGUUCUGUGCUUAGUGGAACUAGCAAAUCUACCAGAGAUUACUCUGAUGAGAUUGCUACGUCAAGGUCGGAAGGUGCAUCAACUUCAGAACCACGCAGACUAAGGAGAAGAAGUAUCAGUGUGACUCCAGAAAUAAGCGAUGACAUCGUAAGGGCUGUUCGAGCUAUGAAUGAAUCACUGAAGCAGAAUCGCCUUCUAAGAGAACCAAACGAGAGUGGUCCAAAUGACCUACAUAAUGCUGGUCAAUCGAAAGAUAUAUCCAGUACCGAAUAUGAUCAUUCCAAACUGUCCGGUGGAAGGCCAGAUUUGUAUGGUCCUCUGAGGCAGCACAGCUCUCAGAAGGCAGUGUCGUUGCCCUCAUCUCCUCACGAGUUUAGGAAUCAAUCUCCAGAAAGAAGUGGGAUUCCCAGGGUAAAUGAAGACAUGGUUUCCACAUGGAACAGGGUUCUGGAUUUACCUAUCUUCCAGAAUAAGCCUCUGUUACCAUUUGAAGACUGGAAUAUUGAUUUCUCAGAGUUAACUGUUGGCACUCGAAUUGGGAUUGGGUUCUUUGGGGAAGUUUUUCGUGGUAUUUGGAAUGGAACUGAAGUUGCAAUUAAAGUGUUUUUGGAGCAAGAUCUCACUGCUGAAAACAUGGAGGACUUCUGCAAUGAAAUAUCUAUCCUCAGUCGCCUUCGGCACCCAAAUGUUAUACUAUUUCUUGGUGCAUGUACGAAACCUCCAAGGCUGUCCAUGGUUACUGAAUACAUGGAAAUGGGGUCAUUGUAUUACUUGAUUCAUCUAAGUGGUCAGAAAAAGAAGCUCAGUUGGCGGAAAAGAAUCAAGAUGCUACGUGACAUAUGCAGAGGCCUUAUGUGCAUACAUCGGAUGAAGAUUGUCCACCGUGAUAUUAAAAGUGCAAACUGCCUUGUCAACAAGCACUGGAUUGUUAAGAUCUGCGAUUUUGGGCUCUCGAGGAUCAUGACCCGUACACCCAUGACCGACUCUUCCUCAGCUGGGACACCAGAAUGGAUGGCUCCAGAACUCAUCCGAAAUGAACCCUUCACAGAGAAAUGUGACAUUUUCAGCCUCGGUGUCGUCAUGUGGGAACUAUGCACGCUUAAAAGACCUUGGGAUGGGAUUCCACCCGAGCGGGUUGUUUACACAGUUGCAAACGAGGGUUCGCGACUGGAGAUACCUGAAGGGCCACUGGGCAGGUUAAUUGCAGACUGUUGGGCAGAACCACAUGAACGGCCCCGUUGUGAGGAUAUCCUUACGCGCUUGUUAGACUGCGAAUUGGCACUCUGCUGAUACUGUGGUAUGGUAUGGUAAGCUACAUUGUGUUGUCUGUACAGCGCGAACAAAUCAAACGACACCAGUUGAGGAGGUAUUAUCCUGUAUUUUCGGCUCAAAUUUUAUAACACCUUUCCCCUAAUCAUUGGGCGACAAUUGUGAGUGUGAUUGUGCGGAAACACACGGUUGAUUGUUAUUUGUUUGUUGUUGUUAUGUACACUUUUCUUAA